AAUUCAAACAGCCAUAGGUUGUGCAAAUUCCCGCACAAAAAACACAAUCCGUCCAGUAAAAUCACAAGCAGACACACACACCCACAACCCUAAAUUAUACCAAUCCAGCAUCAAUUGGAUCCCCAUACAGCAGCAAUUGCAGUGAAAUGAACUGUAACAGCGAAACCGAAGAAGAAACAAUCGCCGUCAACAAAAAGCGAGCACGCCGCGUGAGCUUCGCGGAGAACACAUCGGUCCACAUCUUCGACCGUGACGAGGAGACCGAGAGUCCUACAGAUCCCCUUGCUAUUUCAACUGAUGUCAAUCCCACUGAAUUAGGCCUUUUUAAUGACGAGUUAGGGUUUCGCCGCAACUCAAUUGACCCCAAGGAUAUUCUUCGAAAUGAUGAUGAGGAAGAAGAAGAAGAUGAUGAUGACGAUGAUGAUAUGGAUGCACGUCCUUCGUUUUUUCGACCCAUGGAGUCUCCUUCGUCGGGAAGUGGCUUUGGUUCUGCUACCUCAAAUGAUGAAGACAAUUUUUUUGGUCCUGUAUCGGCCAGCUUCAUUAGACCUGGACGGCUGUCAGACUCUGCGACCUAUGAUGAUAAUCAUGAAGUUACUAUGGAUUCGACCGCUUUUUCUAUGAAUUUUCGUAGCCUUGCCAAGUCUGAUUCGGGAGGGGACUUACUGACUUCAACAGGGGUUCAUCUUACCUUUGACGAGAAAACACCAACCCAGGACUGUAUCCCCAGUAAUGAAGGCAGUACUAUGGUGCUGACUGUAGCUAAAAGACCAAACCCACAGUCUUCUCCACCUACUGCAAAAUUGAGAAGGAACAGUGAUUCAAAUGAUAUGAGCCUUGUUGGAGAAAUUUCUCGUCAAUAUGACUACGGCGGACUCUCUCCUGGAUUAGAUAAGCUCUUGGCACAGACCAGCAAGGAUUUGCAUGCUUCUGAUGAAACUGGCUAUAUAGAAUCGUUGAAGAACAUCAAAAGUGGGAUUUCACUGACUAAGGAGCAUGGGCUCGCUCAUAGUAUUGUAGAUGGUGAUGAAGAAUACAAAGAAAUGGUGAGAAGUUCUACUUCUCAUGGUGGAAUUAGUCCCACUGAAGUUGUUUCUAUUGAGCAAAACAUCUCCGCCACUGGUUGUGGCACCCUAUCUAGUCUGGAAACCAAACAUCAUGAAUUGGGUGGGUCUACACUGCAGGUAUGGAACUCCCCAUUGAUCAGUUCUAUCAAUUCUCUUUCCCCUAAGCAAAGGCAGAUAGUUGACGAUAGUCUUAAUCUUUCUAAAUCUCCAUGGCACAUGACUCCUAGCCUGAAACAAGCUAGUUAUUUUGUGGGCAGUGAUGACAGAAUGCAUAAAAAUAGUGCAUCUUCCAUUCAGAAAAGCAUUUCUAAACUUGAAUUACUUCAAGCUUCUCCUUUUUCUGUUGCAGUAAGUGCAAAAAUUAGUAGUUCAAAUUUUAGACCCUUACAUUACCUUCCUAGGACUCCAUUAGGGAGUGCGUUGAAGAGCAAAUCAACCUAUGUCAAAGAUGCAGAUGGUGAUCGGACUGAAAGUUUUAUUCAGGAAAAAGGAGAUCGAAAGCAGGAUAAGAAGAUUGAGACUCCGAAGGACAUCAGAUGUAUUGUGCCUGCUAAAGGUCUUAGAAGUGCGCUAAAAAGUGGCAGAUCUCCAUAUAAUGUUUCUGCUGCAAACCCAUAUGCAGAUCAGCAGAAGAAAGAAUCAGGCUUAGUGACUUUGCUACCUCAGUCUUUUUGCCCUCCUGAACAAAGUGAGCAGCAUGUCUUGUCAUCAGAUGAUCCCAGUGAAGUGAAGUUGGUUACAGGUGGAACUGAUGCCUCAAUAAUUGGGGUUACUCUUGAGUGCAUGGAAGGUAAGAGAGUAAUUGGUACACCACACAAUUCAACAUCUCCUGUGUGCAGAAAAAUAGACGGGAUGUCAUCUACUUUGCCAAACUAUCUGGGAACACAAUCCCAGGAAAAAUCUGACCUAAGAGGAGAUGGUGCCAGUGCAUGUUUUUUGGCUGCAACUGUAGAUAAUAAGGAACCUUUGUCACAUCAUGGUAGGGUGGAAUCUAGCUCACCUAUUGUCCAUAACAAUCAUUGCAGAGGCUCGCCUGUAGCUGAAAACCUAAAUGAUGGGGACAUCUAUCAUGCUGAAAAUAAUCAAGGUAAUUGUGGGACCAUUAAGAAAUCUCCCAUCCCCUUGGAACAUCGAGUGUCCCACAUCUUCCAAUAUAAAACACCUAAUGGAGACUCUGAAACUGAAAGAGAACAAAUCAAUGCAAGGAAUGAUCUGGUUGAUGAAGGGGAGCAUGUUUCAUUUUCACAAAAAAGUGCAAAUGACCCAUCCAUCAGAAAGAAUCUGGGAACAUUGUUUGCUCAAAGUCCUGGAAACGAAGAAAAAAAUGUGAUACACAGUGACAGUAUUUAUCCCAUCUCAAUAUUAGGAAGACAAUCUCCCAGUUCCAAUCAAGUGACUACUGUAGUUGGAAGCUAUACACGUAAAAGAAGUAACGAAGAGAUAACACCUCAGGAUGAAAGCACAAAGGCUAAGAAGAGUCCGAAACUCUGUAUAGGUGGUUGUGAUCCUGACGUUUCAAAAUGCAGUGUCAGCCCAGGGUCUACAGGUGGCAAUGUUCUUAAGCAUUGGGUUGAUAUUCAGUCGAAAAUUUCAGAAAUUACAAAGAAUUUGCUUUCUCUGCCUGCUGAUGAGCUCAGUUUACAAUCGAUUGAUGUGCUGGAAGAUAUUGUAGUUGGCCUUCUGAGGAAACAAAAAUAUCAAAUGCUUCGUGCUGACAUGCAGUCUCAGAAAACAAAUCACCCUUUGAGCAAUCAUCAUCACAUAAGAGUUGUUGAAGCUAAAUCGCAUUUACAUAAGCUCAUUGAAGAGAAGGCAAAAUUGCAGCUGAAGCGUGUGAAGCGGGAUAUAUCGCUGAAAAAGGCUCAAAUUAUGAGGUCUGGAGUUCAGGAGUGUCAAAUGUUGAGGUCAGAUCAUUCAGUACUUCAUCCACAGAAAGCUUUAAAUGUACAAGCUGAUAUCCAUCCCCAACGUUUCAGUGACAGACAGCUUCAGUCUUCCCAAGACAAGGUUACUGCCUUGGAGGAGGUUUUGGAAGAUUUAGAGAGAAGUGUUACGAAGUUAACAGAAUCAUUCCUUGUGCGCUGUAAGAUAAAAGAAAAACUGGAUUCUGCAGAAACUGUUGUGUUGGUCAAUGACUAUUUGACAAAGAGAGCCUGUUGCCGGUUUUCACGCUUAGAUAUGCAGUUGUGGGAUAUUGUCCAUUUGGAGAACAGGAACGGGCAUAGCAAUAUUUUACUGAACUACCUCGGUUUCAUCACGCAGAGGGUAAAUGUUGUGUUUCGCCCAGUUUCAAUCGUUUCUGUUUCCUAUGAACUUCACAAUAUGAACAUAAUCAAGAAUUUACCAGGCGUGGAUGCUCGCACUGCAUUUGCAUAUGUCUUUGAUGCUGAGCCCACAAGGAAGUAUGUAAGUUCUAGAAGUGUGGCAGAGGAAACACAAAUAAGCAGCUUACUUCUAGGUAGUAUGCUAGAUGUGGUAGAGGAGGUACAGUUAGCUCGGUUAGAACUUCGUAAUCUCAUUCAGUGUACCUUCUGCUCUGAGUCAGUUGAACAGCUUGAUUUGCAGCUUUAUUUCCUUAAUCUUAAAAGUGGUAAAAGAGCAACCUUUACUUUCGACUUGUCCUGUUUAAAAAGGGGGGUCUAUCCUUCAGAAAUCAUUCCCUCAAUAAUGAAAGCUCCAGCUGAUGAGCAACAGAAGUUCUGUUCAAAGCAAAUUUUAAGUGAAGUCAGAGCUGCUGUUCAGAGUCUUAGAGUUGGAUAUCUUAGGAUUAUACGAGCAUGUAGGUGCAUUUCCCAGGCCAUCGAAGCGUCAAAUAGUUAAAAGGAUACAGCUCGGAGGAUCACAAACCAGGAACUGACUUUUUUGGAUAACGAAAACUGAAACCAACUUGUUUCUUCAAUUUUUACGUGGAAGUAUUCGAUUGACGAAUAGGAAUUCGGCCACCUCAAUUUUAUCUGCAUUGAGUUUGAAUUCAUAUGUUUCUCUUUGCUGGUCAAUCUAUUUGACCUUGUCUUUUGCCAGGUAUGUCAUUUAAAUUUCCUGGGCUUUCAUGAGGUGUGAUAUAUGUUGUAAAGUUGGCACAAAUAUUUGUGAUAACAAUGAGACCCGGAUACAUUGAAACUGCAAUAUGCAUUCUGGAAGUCUUGUUAUCA